AUGUUCUGGGUUCCUGUCCUGUUGGUUCUCUUUGCCUUCUGCACAGGUUCUGAGACUCAGCCUGUGCUGAAACAGCCACCAUCAGUGUCCUCGCCCCUGGGAACCACAGUCCGCCUGGCCUGCGCCUUGAGCAGUGACUAUGACAUCAGCAAUUAUGCCAUCUACUGGUACCAGCAGAGGCCUGGCCACCCCCCCAGAUUCCUGCUGAGGUAUUUCUCCCCCUCCAACAAGCAAAAUGGGGCCAAUAUCCCCCCUCGCUUCUCAGGAUCCAAAGACGUGUCUUUGAACACUGGGUAUCUGAGCAUCUCUGAGCUGCAGCCUGAAGAUGAGGCCCUGUAUUAUUGUGCCGUGGGGACCGCAAACACGGAGAAGGACAGAACAGGAGUCAAGGAGCCUGCAGCUUCAGAGUCCCCAAUGUCCCAGAACAUGCUCUUCCCAAACUGA